AUGGUAGCAGCUUCUCGUUUCCGCACUGCACAAUGGCUGCAAAAAGCUGGUUUUGCACCACAAGUCUUUCUGUUCCGCAAUUUAGAGAGCGGCCAGGUAAUAUACUCGCAAAUGCCUGUGUUCGCGCAGCAUCAGAUCGAUAUGCAGUUCAAGCGUCCAGAUUGGUCCAACAAAAAGCCCUCGACGAGAAGAGACGUUUGGAGAUGCAUGGCGGUCGUGGAUCUGCCCACAUACGACCAGGGCGUGCAAUUAUACCAAGACUUGUGUCGAUUGCGUUAUCUGAGAGACGUUCGGGAAACCAAGAAAACGGACUCUCUACGUAAGAAAAACGAGGACGGCCAUGUGUGGUAUAGUGCACAGUACCGUCCCACGUACGGCCAAGAAGCGGUGGCGGACCUGAGAGAAGCGUUGGCCAAGACAGCCACGAUCAUGGGUCAGAUCCAUUGGGAAGACGAAUGGCGGAUGGGAGACGUGGGUAAACACUGGAACCCGGUGCUGCCGCACGUCAAACACGCCGUGAUUCCGCGGACGGGCAAUUUCGCCAGGGAACAAUCUGCGAUUCUUCGUGCUUUGGGUGAACGUGCCAAGUUGGCAUUUGCGGAGCGUGCUUCAGCGGACAAGGCCAUUUUGUAA